GCAGCAGGAGGAGGAGGAGGACGACGACGACAACAGAGGGUGGGGGCAGAGCUCGUGUAUCCGUUGACGAGGUUUCGGGUCGGAUUUGCUGCGUAUUCUUGGACAAAACCGAACCGCUCUGCUGUUAUUUCCGAGCAACUCCAUCAUGAUCGGCGUCUUUAGUUAGAGCCUCCCUUUAUGUGAACUCCGAAAUACUCCGAACACCGAAUUUCCUGCAGAAAAUGGAUUUAGCUCGGCUUCAUCCCGUUUCCCUGUUUGCCGUGUGGAUAACCGUUGUUACGGCCCUGGUGGAGCCACCAGGGAACGUGACUCUUCACUGCCACAACCUCACAAACAUCCUGAAGUGGGAUUACAACCAACUCACACCAGGGGUUAAAUUCAGAGUGGAUAUCCAACCGUAUAAAGGAGCUGCUGAAAAUUUUUUGGUAGAGCCAUCAGAUCUCCAAGCUGAACUACCACCUCUCAUAGAUCCAAGAGAAGAAUUCUACGUCACUGUAACCGCUGUAAUGGGUGAGGAGGAGUCUGAACCCAGCCCUUCAGAUGGAUUAAUUUUCACUUACUCCCAAGAAUCCUUAGUGGAGAAGAAAUGUGUUGUGGACCUCCCAUCAGUGAAUGUCACCAUCCAGCCACAUGACCAGAUCGAGUUCCGCUUCGAGCAUCCCUGGCUGCUCUACAAGAAGAAGCUACGUGGCGGUGGGGAAUCAAAAUCUAAACAGAGGAGAAGCCAUGACGCACUGAGAAGUGAACGACUACCUCUUUUUACUUACAAAGUUAUGGUCGUCAACCAGGGGAAGCAGCCACAUUCCGACUAUUGUGAGGAGAGAGUGUGUACGAACACACUGCCCGUCGAUGCUGCAAAGAAAGAACACUGUCUGACGAUCAACGGAGAGAUGAAUCUGAUAUCCGUUAAAUCCAACCAGGAGUUCUGCGCCCAGCCAGGAGAAGCGCCAUCUUAUGGUAGACAUGAUUACAUUUACGUUAUCGUCAGCGUGCUGGUUCUGAUUCCAGUUGCUGCCAUUGGCUUCAUGGUUUACCACAAAAGAACCCGUCCUUUAUCUUCUACACCCGCCCCUCUGUUUCCCGGAUCGUUCUUAAAGCAGCCAGUGAGACCACUUCCUGUUCUUACUGAUAACGUUCAGGAGGUGCAGGUUGCCUCACCCACACCGCUGCUGACAUCCACAGAUGAGGAGGAUGGGAGAGAAUUCACCACUGUUCCUGAUUAUGACAUGCGAUUUCCCAUCGGGGUGACGGAAGAGGAUGAAGGUGUGUCCGACGUCACAGAACGAGAGGAACCGAACGUUGAGGGAUCUGAUUACAUGGGAGGCAGACACCUGGAAGGAGAAGAACCCGAUGAAGGUCGAUCCGCCUACGAGAGCCGUAUUCCAGUGACGGUUGAGCUGGCGCCAGACGAGACAGCCGAGGGCUACCGAGCCUGAAGGAAGAGCUGCUUCCCUCCAACAAUCACCACAUUUAGUGUGGUCAAACAUGGCAUGUUUGCAGAAUUCACUUUCUGUUAUUUCCUGAUCAGUGCCACGAUAAGCGCCAACCACGUUCUUGUGUUGCAUUAUGCUCUGUUUUAGCAUGCUAACAAGAAGCUUUUGUGAAAUUAAGUCUAGUAAAGUUGCACCUUUUUGGUGACCCAGCAUCCGUAAGCUGUUCCCUGUAACUAGGUCACCACAUUACUUAAACCAAAUCAGUGGACAUAUGAAAGAACUGCUGUUAAACUUUUCCUUGAACGUGGUCACUGCUGCUGAAAAACACGACGUUCCUUCACUGGUUGGGUUGACUUUAAGUUUAACAUCUCGGACUGUUUCGUCAAUCACAGUUCCUUUUAAGGCCUUUGUUUUAUCGCAAACUUUUGUGUUUGUAUGAAAUGCAGACCACUUUUGUUUACCUAUUUAUUUUUGCAUAAGUGAGAACAUUUCAGUUUCUAAAUCCCCGUGUAGUGCGCUAGUCCUUGGAUCAUUUUAUACCCUCCACAUGGAUGGGAAACAAAGACAGAAAUGUUGCACUAUAUUGAAUGUUUACGUUGAGACCACACUGCUCAGCGUUGUGUGCCAUUGUAAUGAAAGCCAGAAUCAAAGAUUGCCAAGUAGCCAGCACUUAUCUUCUAUGUUUUAGUACUUAAAGGAUCCGCCUCUGACGGUUCUUGUCCCUAUCAGUUUGACCAGUUUGUCUCGAUGAGGCGUUAGCAGUGGAACGAUCCUCGACAGAAGAGAACAGAGAGAAGCUGAGGGAUGAGACGAGGUGUGAAGAUACCAGAACUGUGACCUCGUGAGGGAGGUGGUGUUUUGCAGAUUUACCUCGUAAAGUCAGGUUUAAGACUGAAAAAAAAUCAAUAUGUACAGUAAUUUGCAUAGAAUUAUAGACUAAUAGCAACAUUUACAAACAGUUUAAUCUUUCUGCAGCUCAGUGACAUCUGCUGGCUUCUGUUGUACACAAGCAUGACUUUGUUGGUCUGAACUGGGUAGUCGUUUUACUGCAACACUGUGGAAUAGUGCCCUUUGAAUGUCCUUGUAAUCACUUGCACUAUCUUUCUGCGUCUAAUUUGGACGCUUUAGUUUCUAGUUAGGCUGGCAGCACCUUAAAGUCGCAGUGAACCAGAAGUUAGAGCAUCCUUUAGCUUCAGUAAUGUGACUUUUUGUAUGAGUGAAAUGCAAUGUGUGGACGGUUAUUGAGAAAGUUAUUAAAAUUCUUCUGAUUUUAUUUGAUUAGAUUUUCCCUCCAUUUCAGGUAUAAGUUUAGGAUGAAGAACCAAAUGAGACAGGGAUUAAUUGUUCUUCAGACAUGCACUUAAUUUAUUUUUAAUCAGGUUUUUUGGCACCAGAGGCUCUCUUUUGUAAUUUGUUGGAGUUGGUUAGUGCCUUAUGUCUGUGCCAUUUGUAGUGCUCUUCUGGUGUUUUGGUUUUAAUUAAAUAUUCUUAGUUUGAUGCAUUUUAUGGAGCCCAGAACACUUGCAGUGUAGAAUCUAAUCGUUCAGUUUGACUGAAGCAACAACAUGGACAUUAUUUUGAAAAGAGGCCAUUUAGGUUACAGAAAAAUGCUUUUUUCCCUCUUUGGUUCCACCAAUUUCAAAUGGAAAAUGACUGGUUGAAUUAAGAGUGAUGUGUGUGUGUCUAUAUAUGUAUAUAAUUUAAACUUUAUCAUUCACUGAGAAUAACUGAGGAUAAAAGUAUCUUUCAAUUUACUUUUUUGGGGUUUCCUGACUUUUGUUAAAAAAAAUAAUUCUUCAAUCAGAAAUUGUGAAAAUAAUUUUUCAGUAUAAAAGUUCUUCUGCUCGGCUUAAUAAGUGUAAACAAUAUCUAAAAUAAAAAUGGUUCAUUUCUCAUAUUUGCAAACCCACCCUGAGCAGAAGAGGUGUCUUUUGUUAAUUUAUCGACUCCAUGAAAAGAAAAAAAAUCAAAAUGUGAAAGAAAAUUUACAAAAAAUCUGUCAUGUAAAAUCUUUCCAAUGCACAUUAAAAAAAGCUUCAAUAUGCAUUUUAAGAUGGAAAAGCGAGUGACCUGUCCUCACUGAACCAUGAUCUGUGAGAGAGAGAAAACACCGCUGCACUAAACAUUGAUAGAAAUGGUUCAUAAUGGAGUUAAUAAUGACAUAUAAACAUUGUUUAUUGGGGUUUGUGACACUUUGGGAAAUUAAACAUAACCCAGGAACAUUUUUGACAAACAUUUAUGAUACACAAACCUAACAGGAGGAGUUAAGAAACUAAAUGAAACUAAACAUGAACAUAAAUUAAACUCUGAACAGUCAGGAGGCCUGCGUUCUGUCCCCUCAUCCCACCCAGUCACCAGAUAUGAUUGGAAAUGCUGGGAUGUCCUCUUAAAAGCACGUCAGGAUUUAGUGGGGUAGUUAAAUGAGCCAAAAGAGGACAGAGGAGGUCAUAGAGGACAGAAAUGAAUGGGUCGGGUCUCUGAGGACGUGUGUGUAGUAUAUAAAUAUAUAUAUAUAUGUGUGUGUGUGUAACAGGGUCAAUUAUACAUUAAUAUAUGUGUGUGUAUAUGGAAUACAGUAUAUUGUACUUUAGUUAUUGUGAUAAUUACACAAAAUCUGUGUCUGUGGAUUUGUUUUUGUUUGUUUUUGUUUCAGUUGAUGCCUGACUAGUUGAGCCUCCUUGUCAGUAAGCGGAACUUUGGUUCGGUUUGUAUUACUACAGCCACAUUCUAUGUAGCACUGCCCUCUAUAAGUGGCGUUUUCGCGCCGAUUUUCUCCCCUUUUGACAUGAAUCUCUGUGGGAGAGGUAAGCGGUUUUGCUGUCCGGUGAAAUUCCUGUUCUAGCAAGCUAAAACUUGUCACAUGACGCUUACUUUGUUGUCAUUUGAUCUGUGUAGGGGCAUGUGUUGUGGCGAUCAAUGACAGGAGGAUUUUGUGUUAAUAUUUUCAUGUCAGGUAUGUCAUUUUCUGUUUGAAAAACUUAACGUUGCCCUUUUGACAUGAAUCUCUGUGGGAGAGGGGCAUGUGUUGUGGCGAUCAAUGACAGGAGGAUUUUGUGUUAAUAUUUUCAUGUCAGGAGCCGGAAAAUAAAUGGAGACUGCCUCCAAAGAGAUGCACGCCUGAGUUUUUGCAUAACACAACGCAGAGACAGAAACAAACCGGUCACAUGUGUAUAUACUAAUGUUUAAAUAUGUGAUUUAAUGCAGCCACCUGAUUCAUCCCCAAGCACUUCUUUUCCUAAUUUUUUCACUAUAUAUCCUAAUGUUCUGUACAUUUAUACAAUUCAUAUAAUAUUCACUUUUCUGUCAGCAAGUGUCAUUAUUGUCUGUUUUCAAAAACAACAUAAAAUAAACUAAAAAAUCUGUGAA